GUGGCUGUUGGCCCGCGUCCCGGCGAGCUGUUUCAAAGAAGCGGCCGCCACUGCGGCGAUUUGGCAAGCCCCGCAGCGUCCUCCCAGCCCCAGUGAUGGCUCACGAAGCAAUGGAAUAUAACCUUCAUGGGCAGUUAGACCAUAAUGUUGCAGAACAGCCUGUUCCUGCUGAAGUGGUCAUCAGCCUAGAGGGACCACCCGUGCUCCAGCCUCUACCUGCAGAAGUGGUCAUCAGCCAAGAGGGACCACCCGUGCUCCAGCCUCUACCUGCAGAAGUGGUCAUCAGCCAAGAGGGACCACCCGUGCUCCAGCCUCUACCUGCAGAAGUGGUCAGCAGCCAAGGGGGACCACCCCUGCCCCAGCCUGCUCCUGAUGGAGAGGCCAGCAGCCAGGUGGGGCUGGACCUGCUCCAGCCUGCUCCACACGUUUCUGUUGGCCUGACAGAGGAAGGGGAGCUGUUGGGAGAAGGUCGUGUGGAGAGCAUUAAUCCAGGAGCUUUGGAGGAGCAUAGUCAGCGAUCUCGUGUUAACCACCCUGUCCAAGUGUCUUCAUUGGAUUCAAUGAACAGCUUCAUCAGUGGGCUGCAGAGACUUCAUGGCAUGCUGGAAUUCCUGAGACCUCCAUCAGACCAUAACGUGGGACCAGUGAGAUCCAGAAGGAUGAGAGGAUCUUCACGCAGGUCAAGAACUACAGGGUCACAGAGGACAGACAGUACCAGGUCCAGAGCACCAUUGGAUGCCUACUUUCAAGUGAGCCGGACCCAGCCUCAUUUGCCAACCACCUCCCAUGAUUCAGAGACCAGAAAUCCUGUUUCUGAAGACUUGCAGGUCUCAAGUAGUUCCAAUUCUGACAGCGAUAGCUCCACAGAGUUUGAAGAAGUUGUUGCCCAGGCAGAGGAGACUAGAGCUGCUGUUUUAGAAGAGCAAGUAGGAGGUUCCUCAGCACAGCAAGAAGUUACCUGUAUCAGUGGAGGAGAGACCUUCCCCAAACAGUCUCCCCAGAAGACGGACCCCCUUCUACCUUCUGUUCCUAUGGAUGAUGAAGAAGGGGACACUUGCACAAUAUGUUUGGAGCACUGGACCAAUGCUGGGGAUCACCGCCUCUCAGCAUUACGCUGUGGGCACCUCUUUGGGUAUAAGUGCAUUUCUAAGUGGCUAAAGGGACAGGCACGAAAAUGCCCCCAGUGCAACAAGAAAGCCAAGCAUAGUGACAUCGUCGUUCUUUAUGCCCGAACCCUAAGAGCUCUGGACACUAGUGAACAAGAGCACAUGAAAAGUUCCUUACUAAAGGAGCAGAUGCUAAGGAAGCAGGCGGAGUUAGAAUCAGCACAGUGCCGGCUCCAGCUUCAAGUACUCACUGACGAAUGCAGCAAGCUUCAUAGUCGUGUCCAGGACUUGCAGAAACUUAUCGUGCAGCAUCGGGAGCAGAUUUCACAGCACCCCAGGGGCUCCCAAGCAUGUUUCCCAAACUGCCUGCCCUCCAGCCAGAGCCAGCACAAGUACCAUUUCCAGAAGACCUUCACAGUGUCUCAGACAGGAAACUGCCGAAUCAUGACAUACUGUGACACUCUGAGCUGCCUGGUGAUGUCACAGCCUUCCCCUGAGGCCUCCUUCCUGCCAGGCUUUGGCGUUAAGAUGUUGAGUACUGCCAACAUGAAAAGCAGUCAGUACAUUCCCAUGCAUGGCAAACAGAUCCGAGGACUGGCUUUCAGUAGUCGGUCCAAAGGCUUACUACUCUCGGCUUCCCUAGACAGCACUGUGAAGCUAACCAGCCUGGAGACAAAUACAGUGGUCCAGACAUAUAAUGCAGGACGUCCUGUCUGGAGCUGCUGCUGGUGUCUUGAUGAAAGUAAUCACAUCUAUGCCGGACUGGUCAAUGGUUCGAUUCUGCUCUAUGACCUUCGAAACACGAGCUCUCAUAUCCAGGAGUUAGCACCCCAGAAAGCCAGAUGCCCGCUGGUGUCCCUAUCCUACAUACCCAGAGCUGCCUCAUCUGCAUUUCCAUAUGGUGGGGUGUUGGCUGGAACUUUGGAGAACGCUUCCUUCUGGGAGCUAAAAAUGGGCUUUUCUCAUUGGCCUCAUAUGCUGCCCAUGGAGCCAGGGGGCUAUGUAGACUUUCAGACAGAGAGCAGCACACGGCACUGUCUUGUGACCUAUAGGCCUGAUAAAAAUCACAACACUUUACGAAGUGUGCUGAUGGAGAUGUCCUACAAGUUGGAUGAUGCUGGAGAGCCAGUCUGUAUCUGCCAUCCUGUACAAACGUUCCUUGGGGGACCCACUUGCAAACUACUGACCAAAAGUGCCAUUUUCCAAAACCCAGAGAAUGAUGGCAGCAUCCUGGUGUGUACUGGGGACGAAGCAUCAAAUUCUGCCUUGCUGUGGGAUGCUGGCAGUGGCUCGUUGCUGCAGGAACUGCAGGCUGGCCAGCCUGUCUUGGACAUCUGCCCAUUUGAGGUGAACCACAGUAGCUACUUAGCUACCUUAACAGAGAAGGUGGUCCACAUCUAUAGGUGGGAGUGACCGUGUCUGGAACUUAGCAGGCAUGCUGCCGGUUUAUAUCAGAUGUUUACUAGCAGCUAGAAGCCCUGACCAAGAUUUCUGCUUAUUACCUGUGGUCUAGAACUUCUGGGAUCAUGAUUCCUUUGGGUUGAUGUAACUCUAAGACUCCAGGUCACUGAAACACUACAGUAUAAUUGCAGCGUCCAUCGAAAAAGUGACGGGUACUCCCAUCUACAUUAUUCAUGUCUUGGGUUAAAAUCCUUCGUGAAUCUGUUGGGAAGCUCUAUUUCUGAUCAGAUGUUCUGCUGGACCUCAUUUAGGAUAUGAGUACGCCAAGCAUUUUCUGAAGGAUGUGACACCCGCCUAAGUGGUCUGGUCACUUGAGCGCUAUGACUUGGGAAUGAAUGCUUAUAUCCCAGAAGGGACUAACCAUCUUCAUGUUGCUUGGAUGCACCAUGGAUGCAGAAGAGUCUUCAGUUGAACACAAGAGGGCACUCUACAACCUGGUGAAGAAUUUGCUCUAUUUCUGACCUUGUGUGUUGACAACCUUUUAGUAACUUGGUCUCAUCUCUGCAGAAGUGUGUGGUAGAACACAUCUGGUCUGCUUUGUGGCAGCAACAGAUCUACUCCAGAUGUGCAGUGCCAGGAUAUUGGCCAGGCCGGAGAUGGAGGCAGCUGAUAAUCUUACCCUUUCCUAAUGCUGAGUGCAUUAAGUUCAUCACAUUGUAGGAGCCAAGGAAAGGGACCAGUUGUUUGAGCAGUGGAGAAGCCUCAUUUUUUCUACGUAGCGUGGCACUUCGUGAUUGGUUUUAUAUAAGCGAAUGCCCUGAAAAACCACUCCUUUUCCCUCACACUAGGAAAAGAUGAGUGAUAUGUCAAAGCUCUUACUCGAGUCUCCUAGUAAAAGAGAUCAAGAGCAAAGGGCUAACCAAGAGAAGCUUACAAAAAGAGAAGCUGCUUAGACCACCCCUGAAAACAGGAGAAGGGCAUGUCUCUUCCCUUUUGAAAGAGUUCCUGAGUAGAGCCAACCUCUAAAAGUAAGAGGUCUAUUCUUGAGCAUCUUUAGAGUUCCCAGGUAGAGCCUUCCUCAUGUGAAACGGAUGUUUGGCUUUAGCUUUCUCUGAUAUGCCUCCCUUCCUAACCUUUUUUAAGAAGUGUUGUUAGAAAAAUAGUUAUGCUCAGGAAGAUAAUAGAGGUUGGAAGCUGGUGUGGAUUGCAAGGAGAAGCCUGCCAGCUCUUAUUCCAACCGUGGACUGUCCACCAUCGUGAGCUGCACUUCUCCAGUAGAGGGUUCACUUUCGCUUGUCUUUCGCUUUGCCUACCUCUACUCUGCUAAGCCACAGUCCACAACAGAACAGGCCUCAGGUAUGGGGGUCAGUGCCCUGUUCUUAGAAACAGUAUGGCCCACAGUGUGACUUUCUUAAAUAAUUGUUCUGGAAAUGUUAUUUUUUUAAUUUUAAAACAGUGCCGGCCUGGCACCUCCUGAGCUAUUGCCAGCAUUUCUCACCAGCCAAGGGGUUAUUGCAGUAGAUUUCCCCAGAGUUCCAAGUUGUAGUUGUGCCUUUUAAAGAAUGUCCUCCUAUUUUAAUACAUCUUUCAAAAGCCAGUUUCCAGAGCCUGGGAAAGAACUUCCUUUUCUCAGAAGAGACAACUCCUUUCAAUAUGUUGAUGAUUCAGAAUGACUACCCGGGCUUAGAGCAUCAGUGGCAGAGAGGGAUUUGGAUUAAAGAGCAGAACUCCUCUGGUUUCAGAAGAUUGUUAGAGACUAUGCAGUUGGCUGGGACAAAACCUGGAGCGGGUUUAGGAUGAGACUCGGGCUGAAAGUACACUCAGCUGAUGCUGAUCGGCUCCCCCGAGCAUAGGAACCAAGGGACUUGUUACCACAGAAGUUAGGUGAAUCUCAGGUCUUGCCAAUUCUUGCAUUCCUCCAGUAAAUAUGAGUGCUUAAGAAACAAAUUGAUGUAGCUUUAACUGAUUUCUUCAAAGGAAAAGACUUUGCCCCCAGCCACCCUAGCCCUGCUCCCUUCAGCCUGCAAGGGAGGACGUCUGGAGACCCCAGCCCUGGGCUCUCCUGCAGCACCAGGCUCUGCCCCAACAUGUUGCCUCACCCCUGUCUCUAAGGUGGUUUUCCCAUUUGAGAGUUUGGAGUUAAGGAGACUUAAAAUACCUUGUACCUACUUUGACAAACAAGGCCGUGGGAUCUCUGUUCAUGUUCUGUGUUUUAAUGUUUGUGUACAUGUUAAUAUGAAAAUAAAGCAUUUGCCGUGUGUAAGA